UUUGUUGUUUUUACAGAUGACAUGGCAGAGCUUCUUCUUGGGGAAUCCAAACUAGAACAAUAUUUGAAGGAAAAUACUCUUAAACACAGUAACAGUCCCCGGGGCCCCCAGCCAAAGCUGACCGAGGUCAGGAAACAUCUCACGGCAGCACUUGAUAGGGGUAAUCUCAAGCCAGAAUUCCUACAAGAAGCCAACCUAAUAAUGGCCAAAUUAAACUAUGUGGAAGGUGAUUACAAAGAAGCUCUGAACACAUAUGCUAGAGUUGGUGUUGAUGACUUGCAGCUGACUGCAGUGGCACCGUAUCGGCUACGGAUGAUUGCUGAAGCGUAUUCUACAAAGGGUCUUUGUCUUGAGAAGUUGCCAAUAUCUUCCUCAGCAAGCAAUCUCCAUGUGGACCGAGAACAAGAAAUUGUCACAUGCUAUGAGAAGGCAGGGGAUAUUGCUCUCCUAUACCUUCAGGAGAUAGAAAGGGUAAUUAAUGCCAACAUACAAAACAGAAGCCCUAAGCCAGGGCCCACUGCACACGAGCAAGAGCUUGGUUUUUUCCUGGAAACAGGACUUCAGAGAGCACAUGUUCUAUAUUUCAAGAAUGGGAUAAAUGUGCAUGAAGAUCAACAGAACUUGACAAGAGGAGUUGGUAGAUUUAGAGAGUUACUAAGAGCUGUCGAAACAAGAACUACACAAAACCUGCGAAUGACAAUAGCAAGACAACUUGCAGAAAUUUUGUUACGAGGUAUGUGUGAACAGAGUUACUGGAAUCCCCUGGAAGAUCCUCCUCACCAAUCACCCCUUGAUGAUCCACUGCGAAAAGGUUCCAAUAUGAAGAAUUAUGCACUCAGUAGGAGACCACGGGUAUACACUGGAGAGAACAUCUUCUGUCCUCAAGAAAAUACAGAAGAAGCCUUACUGUUGCUGCUUAUUAGUGAAUCUAUGGCUAACCGUGAUGCUGUACUGAGCAGAAUACCAGAGCACAAGAACGAUCGCAUCAUCAGUUUGCAAAGUGCAUCUGUAGUCUAUGAUUUACUUACAAUAGCUUUGGGAAGAAGAGGCCAGUAUGAAAUGCUUUCAGAGUGUUUAGAAAGAGCCAUGAAGUUUGCAUUUGAAGAGUUCCAUCUCUGGUAUCAGUUUGCAUUGUCCUUGAUGGCAGCAGGAAAAUCUGCUCGAGCUGUUAAAGUCUUGAAGGAAUGUAUACGUUUGAAACCAGAUGAUGCAACAAUUCCACUCCUUGCUGCAAAGCUCUGCAUGGGAUCUCUGCACUGGUUGGAAGAAGCUGAAAGGUUUGCCACAGCAGUUGUUGAUCUCGGGGACAAAACAUCAGAGUUCAAAGCUAAAGGCUACUUGGCACUGGGAUUGACUUACAGUCUGCAGGCUACUGAUGCGUCUUUGCGAGGGAUGCAAGAGGUCUUGCAGAGAAAGGCUCUUCUUGCAUUUCAGAGGGCUCACAGUUUGUCUCCAACGGAUCAUUUGGCAGCAUUCUACUUGGCACUGCAGCUUGCCAUUUCCAGACAGAUACCAGAAGCUUUGGGUUAUGUUCGUCAGGCUCUGCAGCUACAAGGAGAUGAUGCCAACUCUCUUCAUCUCCUUGCACUCUUGCUAUCAGCCCAGAAACAUUAUCAUGAUGCUUUGAAUAUCAUUGAUAUGGCCUUGAGUGAAUAUCCAGAAAAUUUUAUAUUGCUGUUUACAAAAGUCAAAUUGGAAUCCCUAUGCAGAGGCCCAGAUGAAGCACUCCUUACCUGUAAACACAUGCUCCAGAUUUGGAAAUCCUGUUACAAUCUAACUAACCCAAGUGAUUCUGGACGUGGGAGCAGCUUGUUAGACAGAGCUAUUGCUGACAGACGACAGCUCAAUACAAUUACAUUCCCAGAUUUCAGUGAUCCUGAUACAGGCUCAGUCCAUGCCACAUCAAUAGCAGCUUCCAGAGUGGAGCAAGCAUUGUCCGAGGUUGCCUCUUCCCUGCAAAGCAGCGCCCCUAAACAAGGUCCCCUGCAUCCUUGGAUGACUCUGGCUCAAAUAUGGCUACAUGCAGCUGAAGUCUACAUAGGAAUUGGGAAGCCUGCUGAGGCUACAGCAUGUACCCAGGAAGCAGCUAAUCUCUUUCCAAUGUCACAUUAUGUUCUCUACAUGAGGGGUCAGGUGGCUGAACUGCGUGGAAACAUUGAUGAAGCCAAACGCUGGUAUGAAGAGGCCUUAUCCAUUAGUCCUACCCAUGUGAAAAGCAUGCAGAGGCUGGCUCUGAUCCUUCACCAGCUUGGGCGCUACAGCUUGGCAGAGAAGAUUCUCAGAGAUGCUGUGCAGGUGAACUCCACAGCCCACGAGGUGUGGAACAGCCUGGGAGAGGUGCUGCAGGCCCAGGGCAAUGACGAUGCCGCCACCGAAUGCUUCCUGACGGCGCUGGAGCUCGAGGCCAGCAGCCCCGUGGUCCCUUUCACCAUCAUCCCCAGGGUCCUGUGAGAGGGCCUCUCCAUCAACAGAUUUUUGGUCUUGACUUCUGGGUGAGCAAACCCACUGUGUGAGACUGCCUGGUAAAUGGUUAGUUGGAGAAACUUGAGAGCUACAGGUAACAAACUCCACUCUUUUGUGGGAAAGUGGCCAAAGCAGGGAGGUGCCACCAUAUGUUGAUGUCAGGCUGAGAGGACAGAGUGGUGAGCCAGAGCCAAAUCACUCUUAUUGCCUGCAGUUUUGCCCUGGUAGUUUUAAAACAUCGUUAUAUUGUUCAUGGAUGAUGUGCCAUAUUUUGUUAGUGAAACUUGAGUGUUACAUAAAAUUGUAAUGGAAUCAACUACCAAUUGUAGAAUAAGUUAAGAUUCAGUGGCAGAGCAGACUAUUUUUAACAAGGCUGUUAAUAAAACUGUUCUCUUCCUGCCUCUCAACCUCUUUUGGCCCAAAGUCAAAAUGUGAAUUUUCUGUUUCCAUCUCUAUUUUAGUCCAGGCCAGAAAAUCAGUUGAGUUCUUGUUUUUAGUUGUUAAUAACUGUGAUGUGUGGCUAACUGUUAUCUAGAGCAAAGGCUGAGUACAAGAAUAUUUAUAUUUUACCAAUGUAUGCCUGUUACAAAAAAAAUAUAUUAGUUAUUUAAGUUUAACUUUUUUAUGUGAAUUCAGAGUUUAUUUAUCAAUGGAAAUAUGUAAAAAGAAGCCUCAAAUGGAAUAUUUACCGACAUUCCUUAUACAUGAACCCAGACUUGGCUUAAUGGGAAGAUUAUGUUAAUAAUAAAAUGAUUUUUAAAUGGAA